AUGGGUGAGACUGGGAAGCGAUAUCGUUCCCAUAGGGACCAUGAUGGAGAUAGAAAGAAUCAGAAGAGACGGGGAAAUGAUAGAGAUGACAAGGGUAAUGAUGAACUGAUCAUUUAUAGGAUUCUAUGCCCAGAUGGGUUUAUUGGGAGUGUGAUUGGGAAGAGUGGGAAAGUGAUAAACUCGAUACGGCAAGAGACAAAGGCCAGGGUUAAGGUUGUUGACCCGUUCCCUGGUGCUAAGGAUAGAGUUAUAUUAAUCUAUUCCUACGUGAAGGAUAAAGAUGAAGUAGAGGUGGAUGACGAAUUCGAUGACGGAGAGCCUCUUUGUCCUGCCCAAGAUGCUCUUCUGAAGGUGCAAGCUGCAAUUGCAAAUGCAGUGGCUUCAGUUGGUGAUUCGGACAAGAAGUGGAAAGACAAGGAAGAGUGUCACAUUCUUGUUCCCGCCAGCCAGGCUGCCAACAUUAUUGGGAAGUCUGGGUCCACUAUAAAAAGACUGAGAAGCAAGACAAGGACAAACAUUAAGAUUACUGCAAAGGAUGCUAGCGAUCCCACUCAUUCAUGUGGAAUGGAGUUUGACAACUUUGUUGUGGUAACUGGUGAGCCCGAUGCAGUGAAGAGAGCAUUGUUUGCAAUUUCAGCAAUCAUGUACAAGUUCAGUCCAAAGGAAGAGAUUCCUCUUGACACCAAUGUGCCUGAAGCCCCUCCAAGCAUCAUUAUCCCUUCAGACGUUCCUAUUUAUCAUGCUGGUGGACUCUAUCCAAGUGUAGAUCCUAUUGUCCCAUCCAGAUCUGUUCCUCCUGUCCUAGGUGCUACACAUGUUCCGGAACUUUCAGGGUAUGCUGAUGCAGGGAGCACUUGGCCUGUUUAUUCUUCUGCCCUUCCUGUAGUUUCUGGUUAUGGUGGUACAUCAAGAUCAGAGGAGUUAAUUGUGAGAGUGCUGUGCCCCUCUGACAUGAUUGGCCGCGUUAUUGGCAAGGGAGGGGGUUCAAUAAAAAGUGUGAGACAGGCCAGUGGUGCUCGUAUUGAGGUUGAUGAUAAGGCUGAUCGUGAUGAAUGUAUCAUCUCCAUCACCUCAACAGAGUCCAUGGAUGACAUGAAAUCCAUAGCAGUUGAAGCGGUUUUAUUGCUGCAAGGGAAGAUAAAUGACGAAGAUGAUGACACUGUAACUAUCCGGCUUCUUGUUCCAUCUAAAGUUAUUGGUUGUAUAAUUGGAAAAAGUGGUUCAAUCAUAAAUGAGAUCCGAAAGAGAACUAAAGCUGAUGUCCGUAUCUCCAAAGGCGAGAAGCCCAAGUGUGCUGAUUCCAACGAUGAACUUGUUGAGGUGGUUGGGGAAGUUAGUAGGGUGAGGGAUGCACUUAUUCAAAUCGUUAUGCGGCUUCGAGAUGACGUCUUAAAAGACAGGGAAGGUGGUCAUAAUACUUCUGCUGGUGCCGAUUCUAUGUAUUCUGGUGGUACUGGUUUUUCUAUGCCUUCAGUUUUGCCUAGUGUUCCCCCAGUUGCUCCAAUGGGUUAUGAACAGAGAGCUGAAUCUGGGAGUGGCUUAGGCAUGCUUUCUUCAGGCAGCCUUUAUGGAUAUGGAUCUUUAUCAAUACUAGGAAAAGCAUUGGGUGGUGGAGUGGUUCCUGCUAUCAUUGUCUCGUGUUGUGGCUGCUUCCAUGGUCGUACAUUGGCUGUUAUUUCUAUGAGCUGUGACAAUGAGGCUACUCGUGGUUUUGGGCCCUUGUUGCCUGGCCACCUCAAAGUUGAUUUUGGUGAUGAAGUUGCUCUUGAGAAGAUAUUUAAAGGUUUCUAA